AUGGAGUUUCCUACGAACGGCGACAUCCGUGCUGAGGACGUGGAGCUCCCUGGUAGCGACCACGAUGGCUCCGCUGCAACGCGAACCCGAUCGGGACGAUCAGCGAGCCCUGCGGCCCGUGCGCCGAGCAUGGACCGUACUGAAGACCGCGGACGGAGUCGAAGCCAGACGACAGCGCGUCGGCUGUUUCGGUCUCCCGAUCGACGUCGCCAACCGGUGGCGGUGGAUGAGGCGUGGCCGUAUGCCCGUGCGACGUCUACGCCCUUUGUGUCUGGCCAGACGACUCGGACGAGCUCGGAAGCGACGGCAGACGAACCGAAUGACGUGGAUAUGGGCCAGUAUGAUGUCGUUGUUCGUAACGCCCCUGCCCUACCGAAAAACCCGGCGUUCAAUGGAUCCACGAAAGAAGAACGUCGAGCGUUUAUGGCCGCGUACAACCUGUACAUCAGCCAGACGAAUGCUUUGACUGCGAAUGGUGUUCGGCACAUUGUGAUGCCUGUGAGUGCGUGUAUUGAGCCGAUGACGAAACAACGUGUCGCCGAGUGGGACCUUUUUAAGGACCCUGACGACGUAUCUGAGGCUGAGUGGAUCGCAUGGUUCAAGCAAGGCUACGUCGUGGACCCGCGUGCGUUGGAUACGUUGAAGAAACGCAUCAAGACCGCUGUG